AUGCUCACGCGUGUCACAUUACAUCCAACAGGGGAUACCACACUCUGGUCGCAGUGGUGGUCUUACAAGGGAAUCUCAGGACCGGAAUACUGGGGCUUGCUGAAUCAGGACUGGUCAUUGUGUACCAGAGGACAACACCAGUCACCUGUUGAUAUCAAUCCCAGAAAUCUGGUGUUUGACCCAAACCUCCGACCUGUUAGAAUGGAUGCCCACAAAGUCGAUGGUUAUAUUGUAAAUACAGGACAUGAUAUCACCUUGUAUAUCAAUGAAUCGAACCCAAGACCUUUUGCAUUCACAGGAGGUCCGCUGUCUUACACAUACAGAGUUCACCACGUUAAACUGCACUUUGGAAGUCUGGAUCUGAUUGGAUCUGAGCACACCGUUAAUGGAAGACCUUUCCCUAUAGAAUUGCAGGUUUACGGUUACAACACGGAGCUGUUCUCCAGUUUUCAGGACGCGGCGUUGGCAUCCCACGGUGUUGCUGCUGUUGCUCUGUUUGGAAUG